AUGUCCGACAUGACACCAGAUCAGCAAUACGAGCUUAUCACAAGGAACCUUCAAGAAGUCCUUAAUCCUCAAAUUAUCAAGAACGUUCUUGAAAAUGAAGAUAGACCAUUAAGGGUCUACUGGGGUACUGCGCCAACUGGUAAGCCACACUGUGGUUAUUUUGUUCCUAUGGUCAAGUUGGCACAUUUACUAAAGGCAGGUGUAGAAGUUACUGUCUUGAUUGCUGAUCUACAUGCUUUCUUGGACAACAUGAAGGCACCAUUGGAAGUUGUUCAGUACAGAGCUAAGUACUACGAGUUUGUUGUUAAAUCCAUUUUAACCUCAAUCAAUGUUCCAAUUGAGAAGUUAAAGUUUGUUCUUGGUUCUUCUUACCAGCUAACCCCUGAAUAUACUAUGGAUUUGUUUAAAUUGUCAAACAGGGUAUCUCAAAAUGAUGCAAAGAGAGCAGGUGCUGAUGUUGUCAAACAGGUUGCAAAUCCGUUGUUAUCUGGUUUAAUCUAUCCUUUAAUGCAAGUUUUGGACGAAGAAUAUUUAAAAGUUGAUGUCCAAUUAGGUGGUGUUGACCAGAGAAAGAUUUUUGUUCUUGCGGAAGAGAAUAUCCAAGCUUUAGGUUACAAGAAAAGAGCACAUCUAAUGAAUCGUAUGGUUCCAGGAUUAAUGCAAGGUGGUAAGAUGUCUGCUUCGGAUCCAAACUCCAAGAUUGAUCUGUUGGAGCAACCAAAAAUUGUGAAAAAGAAGAUUAAUCAAGCAUUUUGUGCACCUGGUAAUAUUGAAGACAACGGUCUAUUAGCAUUUGUUAAAAAUGUUCUAGGACCAAUUUACGAAUUAAAGCAUGGUGACGGUAAGUUCCAAUUUUUUAUUGACAGACCUGAGAAGUACGGUGGUCCAAUCACUUACAAUACAUACAAAGAACUUGAAGAUGCAUUCAAGAAUGAGCAACUAUCCCCCGUGGAUUUGAAAUCUGGUGUUGCUGAUGCAAUCAAUGUAUUGCUAGCACCUAUAAUUGAGGAAUAUUCUGCAAACAAAGAGUUCCAAGAGGCAGAAACUAAGGGCUAUCCUCCUCCAGCUCCAGAACCAAAGAAAAAUAAGAAGGUCAAAAACAGAGGUUCUAAAUACCCUGGUGCUAAAGAGGUAAAAGUUGAAGCUACUAAGGACACAUCUACCGAAGUAGUUGCUGAGAAACUCGACCAAACUAAAAUCUAA